CUUGACACUUCCGCCACGGUAGACGUCCUCCUUUCAUCACGAUUGUGCGGUUAUUUUCGCCGACUCAGCCUGACUGGAUUAUUAUUAUUUUACUUAACCCCAACAUGGCAAUAUUCAUUUUCUCCAAUAGUAAUCCCACCAUUUGUUAAAAAUUCCGCCUAAAAGGAAAAAGCGUUCUGUCCCCUCUUUUGGGAUUUCAACAGACGUGUACAAUAGCUGUCCAGAGGAUCUAAGGGCGGCCCUAUUCCGGGAGUCAUUUGACUUCAACUCCGAGCCACCUUGGGAUCCUAGCUGAUAGUGGAAGAGUUCACACAAGGACUCAUCCAUUUUGCUGCAUAGGCCUAGGACCCAGGGGCUCGAGAGGGAGCGAGCAAUAUCACUUCGGACCAGCCAUAUUCUUUAUGCCUGUUGGAUACACAGAACACGGUUGAGAGGAUGAAAGGAAUCUCAGAUGAACCACAGUUUUCAGUGGGCCUUCUGGAAGGAGGCACAUCCCUUUGUGAUGUGAUAGACAAUCACAUUUAUGAACAAACCUUGUCUGAGAAGAAAGCAUUCUUUGUCGCCGACCUAGGAGUUGUAAUGAGACAGCACGUUCGCUGGCGAACACACAUGGCCCAAAUUCGUCCCUUCUAUACUGUCAGAUGCAACAGCAGCCCAGGUGUUAUCGAAGUACUGGCGGCCCUUGGCACUGGCUUUGUAUGUAACAACAAGUCUGAACUUGAGCUGGUGCAGAGCCACGGUAUUCCCUCAGAAGACAUAAUCUACAGUGGAGUUUGUAAACAGAUGUCCCAAAUUAAGUAUGCUGCAAAGAAUGGCAUCGACCUCCUGAUGUGCGAUAAUGAAGCAGAGCUGCGCAAGAUUUCCCGCUUCCAUCCGAAUGCCAAGCUUCUACUUCAAGUGUCAACGGAAGCAUCAAGGCAGGACAGUGAGUUCGGCAUGUCAUUUGGCUGUUCCCUCAAAGACUGUCGACAUCUACUGGAGAGCGCGAAACAAUUGGGUGUACAGGUGGUUGGGGUCAGAUCCCUAAUUUCCAACAAGUGUAAGGAUGACAAAGCAUACACAAAUGCAAUUGCUGAUGCUCGUUGUGUUUUUGAUAUGGCGGAGGAAAUUGGUUUUAACAUGAAAAUCUUGGACAUUGGAGAUGGCUUUGGUGGCUCAAGCACCCAGCUGGAAUUGAUCAAAAAUGCAGUCAUGCCUAUGGUGGACAUAUACUUCCCUCCGCUUACUGGAGUUAGCAUCAUUGCUGAACCUGGCAGCUACUUUGUGUCCUCUGCUUUCACCUUGGUCGUCAACAUCAUCUCCAAAGAGGUGGUGGCGAGGGAUCGAGAUCAAGCUCAAGAUGAUCCAUCUCCCAAUGAUGAGCCUGAGUUUCACUACUGCAUGAAUGAAGGAGUGUAUGGAUCAUUUGCUUGUAAACUCACUGAAAUGGACAUCAUCGCUCCAACUGUUCAUAAGAAUACUUGUCUGGAUGCACCCGUGUUCAGCAGCAGCCUGUGGGGCCCCUCUGGUGAUGAUCUGGACCAGGUGAUGGAGCACUGUUUGCUGCCUGAGCUCAACAUUGGAGACUGGCUCGUGUUCAGCCAUGCAGGGGCCUGCUCUCUGGGCCAGCCUCUUUGCACCUCAGACUCAGCCACACCACCUGUAUUUUAUAUUGUCUCCUGUAGAGACUGGUAUGAGAUGCAGGACACAGGUGUCACGCAGGAGGCAGUACUGAAGAACUUCUCAUUGGUCCCCUAUUUUUUUAAUGCCUGCCAAACAGAAGCGGCACUCUCUAUCCCAGCUUAGCUGUCACCAGUCAUUUACUGGUUUCUGCUGCUUACAUGAUAAAUUAAACCAUUGCUACACAUCAUUGUUGGAGUCACUGGGACAAGACUGGAUUUACUUCUCAAUCAUCAGUAUCCUGGGCUUUAUGUGGUUAAAUCAGUUGUCUGUGAUGCAACAAAAUGGAUGACUCCUUUAUCAUAGACUACUUUUUAUGCUCAUAAAAAAUGUAAAAUGUAUAUCUAAAAAAAAAAACUUGAUAGUCUUGUAAGCAAAAUAUUUAAACCUUAACCACCAUUUUUAAGAUCUUGUAUUUAUGAUUUUAAUUGGUUGUACAGUUCAAUUUGUUUAAAGAUAACUUCCUCACAUUGCAUUUAAAACCAGUGUUUUGAAGUUGGGAUUUUGCACAUGAAGGUGCAUUAGUCAUGAGUUUGGUACAGUAAACCAGUGUUGUCUGUGUACUGUACACGGUUUGCUGAAACAAAUGCAAUGGUGCAAUAUUCACUUCUGCCAUUGGCUGCCUCACAGAACACUGACAUGUCACUUACAAAACCAGGUUUAUCAUUAGCUUGUGCUGCAGAUGGAACAAAAUGUUUAUGGUCAAUUUAAUGUGGAAUAGCUUAUUUAUAAUUACAAGAAACCUCACUUUGUUCUCGUUGCUUUGGCUUAAUAGUUUGUUAAAUGUUUGAGUGUGUAAGUUAAUUUCAUGUGUAGUUGCAGUGUGUACCAUAUUUGUCUCCGCAUCUGUCUGAAGCCUGUUGAUACAUUGUUUCAAUGCUUGAUGCCUGUAGAAAAAAGAAUAAAUACCUUAUUGACAAGACCCAAGGUGUUACACUGUCACCAUUAACAUACACAGUAAAUAACUCACAUCCACUUUCAAACUGCAGACAUUGGGCCAGUCUUAGGAGUAAUCCUAUCCAAUACUGUACGUGCUGGCAGGACAGUGCGAAUUGAAUCAAUUGUGUGAACUUGCAGUAUAUCAUGGGUUUGUAAAGUGCAGCAUGUAGGCCAUAUUGUGCAUGUAGCGUUUUUAUUGGCCCUUGGCAUAUUCUAAAAAUAAAAUUAGAUAUUAAACUGAUUUGCUUUUUCACCUGUAACAAUGCUAAGAUGUGCAUGUCUUCUUCAGAUGGUUUAGCACAUGUCGGCCUACAUCGGAUUGGUUUUAACAUAUUGACUGCACAAAACUGAAACAAUUUUGUUAAGGCUCAUAUCUUUUCAGUACUGUAAUGUGACCUGAGGUCUUGUUUGGUCCGCCUGAAUGACACCCCAAAUAAACCAAGAGUACCUACACAGUAUUACUAUGGUAAGACUUCAGAGACUAUAACUACAAGCUACAAACCACGUGUUCUGUCAAAGUGAUUUUUCUGUGGUUGGAUCACAGAAGAUGGCCUCGGGCAGGCCCAAGGAUUAGCUACGAAUGUAUCGGCUGUCUAGACUCCAGCAAAACACAAAGAACCAGAACAAAAGGCCUGCUGUAGACACACAAUGAAGAUGUACACACACAUAAGGACUUAGACAGUCCGGCACUGAGAUGUUCCUCGACAGCACAAUCAUCUGCAGCUAUUUCACCAACUUGUUCACAUGUAAACAUGACUAGCAUUGAUGCAUACAAAAGACUGCAUUAUCCGUUGGUUCUGGGAUGAGUAACUGAUAACAUACUAUAGUUUAGAUUUUUUUAUACAUUUAUAUUUUAUCUGGUUAAAUAAAGGUUAACAAUUACAUUUCUCUGCAAGAAAACAAUUUGUGUGAUAUCUUGCAGUAUGAUAUCCUCCACUGAAGCUGCAAAUGGACGUAUA